AUUCAUCCUAAUGAGAAGCUUUUAUAACCACACAAUUAUUACUUUAUGAAUGUACCAAGUCUACUAUUAACACUUCAAUUCCUUCAAGAAUAAGCUGAAGAAAAUUGGAUACAAAGGGAUUGAUGACUUUGGUUUUAUCUGGUUUUUAAAAUCAACCUUCUCUCUUGUUAUGAAAUGUUAGGCAAGUGCACAAAUAGCCAAAGUCUGAGACCACUAUUUAAGUUACAGCCAUCAUGCGUAAAAAGUAAAAAUUAAUAAGUUCAGCAGAACGGACUUCACAUAUGAAGUUAGACUUUAGCAAAUCUAACUUGUCCAAGUAAACUUCAGAUAUUUUUAUCUCAAGUCCAAUCUCAAAUUUUAAAUAUUUUUUAUCUUAAAUUUAGCUUGACAAUCUCAAACUAGUGCGAUCAUACCAGUAACUGAAUCUAGAUGGUUUGCUAAAAUAAUAAAACCAUCAAUGCAUAAAACUUAAAACUCCUUCAAAUCACGUACAUUUGGCACUAGGCUCCAAAUCAAUAUGUAGCUUCCAUAAUUAAUGACUUAGUGUUCUUUUAAUUAAUUAAAGGAAACCUCACAUUCAGUGAAAUAUAAUAAGUGAAAAGGCUUUCUUACUCGCAAAUAACAAGUAUGAUGCAGCUUUCGGUGCGCCACAAAAUUACCAUUUUUUCCCUUCUCAAUUUUAAUGCUUGUUAUUAGUGUCGUAAUCACUGGUUACUGAUGAGCCGAGGGUCUUUCGGAAACAGCCUCCCUGUUUUCCGAGAUAGGGGUAUGGUCUGCGUACACUUUACCCUCCCUAGACCUCACAUUGUGGGAUUUCACUGGGUAUAUUGUUGUUGUUGUAAUCAGGUUACUGAUAUUUUAUGUGUCAAAUCAAUUAUUUUUGCUUAAAAAUAAAAAUUUAUACGUGUCAAAUCAUCAGUGUACAAGAUAACAAAUCAAUACACAUCAUCUAUAUACAUACCAUUUAACAAUAGAAUUAAAAAAUUAAUUAGAAACUUUGAAAAGCUACGUUUUCCUUAGUUAAUUAGUACUCCUAUUUAUUAGUACUAGUUAUGGCUGACGAUGACACUGUGCUAAUGAUUGACAGUUUGGUCAACGUGCUUUCGAAGUAUGAUCACACAAAGUACUAUUAUGUUGGGAUGAAUUCAGAGUGCAUUGUGAGUAAUUUUGGGAUGAUAUUUCAAAUGGCGCUUGGUGGUGCUGGUUAUGCUUUGAGUUAUCCUUUAGCACAAGCUGUGGCUGAGAACAUGGAUACAUGUAUAAAGAGGCAUCCAACUUUGUAUGGAAGUGACCACAUUUUACAAGCAUGGAUAGCUGAUUUAGCAGUCACCAUUACACUAGAAAAGGGGUUUCAUCAGAUUGACUUGCGAGGCGACAUAUCCAGCUUUUUAUCGGCUCAUCCUCAAUCACCAUUCCUAUCACUCCAUCACCUUGACCUAGUAGCUCCAAUUUUCCCUUCAAUGAACCGUUACGACGUCGUUAACCAUAUAAUGAAAGCAGCAAGUUGUGUUGAUCAAUCUCGACUAUUGCAACAAAGUACAUGUUACAACAAUAGACACAAUUGGACAUUUUCAGUGUCAUGGGGCUAUUCAGUGCAAAUUUAUGACAAAAUUCAAUCACAAAGUUAUCUUGAAAGGCCAAUUGAGACAUUUGGUGAAUGGAGGAAAGGGGCGUGGCCACCUUACAUGUUUAAUGUAAGAGGAUUAAAGAGUAAUAAAAAUGGAAAUUCUUGUGGUCAUGAAGUUCCAAAUGUUUUGUUCUUUGAUAAUGUGGAAGGGACUAGGUUGAAUCAUAUUGUUACUACAUAUGUCAAGAAAAGUCCAAGGGGUUGUGGCUCGAGUGGCAAUGAUGGUCAUUCUAUUGAUGGGGUCUUGAAAAUUCGUGUGUUUUCUCCUAUGCAUAAGCUUCAUGUAGGGGAUGGUAACAGAAGAGAAUGUUGUGACAUUGUGCAACCUAUUGGAAUGGAUUCGAUGGCAAUCAAACUUCGGAUUUGCAUGAAACAUGAAAUUAUUGGCUGAAUGAAAUAAAAUAUAGAGCCCGUUUGCAUUGGCUUAUAAGUUGCUUAUAAGCUAUUUUCAAAUUUUUUGAGUGUUUGGCUGGUCAGUUUAAAGUCAUUUUGUGCUUAAAAUAAGUCCAACUAAUUAUAAGCUGCUUAUCUAAAGCAGCUUAUAAGCUGCUUUUUUUAAGCUCAUCCAAACAGGCUCAUAGUAUAUAUCAUAUUAUACUGCAGUAUGUUUCAAUAAGUCUAGCUAGUAGAAAUAAUGAGACCCCAUAUUUGCAACAUUAAUAAACUUUUGAUCCUCCCCAAAGCUCCGCCUAUUUUUUAACGUUGAUUUUGUUCACAGUUUAGUGUAUGGAAUGUUCAAUCGUCUUUUUUUUUUCCUUUUUUUUUUUUUUUUUUUUUUAAGUAGAAGCAAUAACUCCAUGUGAGAAAAGGUGAGAAAAAGAGCGCUCCUUGUUUUAUUCAGUCCAAACAUCAUUGUAGCUACCAAGAAUCUACCUUUAAUUUGCUUUUCGGACUAAAUCAAUUUAUUGUAGACAAGUGAUGUUGCAAGGAAAGAAGUUUUUGUACUGUUGCAUGUGAAAGAUGAGGUGAUGAACCUCUGGAUGUCAAUAAAGAGACAGAAGAUUGAGGG